GAGCUCUCACUGCGUUCUUCGUCAUGUCGCGCGUCUCAAAGCGAUUCUAUCGUCUCGAUGGCACCCAAGCGGAGGAGGUGUUGGACCGGGGUAAGAGUGCUGCCCUCGAAAACCGCUGGGUGUUUGAAGUGUCAUGGGAAGUGGCAAAUAAAGUUGGUGGCAUCUACACUGUUAUUCGGUCGAAAGCCGAGGUGUCAGUUGAAGAGUUAGGUAAUCAAUACUGCCUGUUAGGACCUAUUAAUGAUGUCCUGGUACGAAGCGAAGUUGAGGUGCUAGAACCGCCGGCCGGGCCGUUUACCGAGGCGCUAGAAGACUUUAAGAAACAAGGUGUUCGAGUGAUCUACGGCCGAUGGCUUAUCGAUGGCUAUCCGCAAGUUGUCCUGUUUGACAUUGGUUCAUCUGCGUGGAAGCUGGACGAGUGGAAAAAGCAUUUGUUCGAACUGAGUGCUAUUGGCAUACCGUGGCACGAUCAGGAGUCUAAUGAUGCAGUUAUUUUUGGUUAUUUGACCUCGUGGUUCAUGGAGAGCUACUAUAACGCAGUAAACAAAAGAUUCGGCCAGCCUUACAUUGUAGCCCAUUUUCACGAGUGGUUGUCAGGGGUGGGGCUAUUAUUGUGUAGACUUCGUAAACUUGACAUCUCGACAGUGUUUACAACACAUGCAACCCUCCUGGGCAGAUACUUGUGCGCGGGCAACGUUGACUUCUACAAUAAUUUGUCGAAAUUUGACCUCGAUAGGGAAGCGGGCAACCGCGGCAUCUACCAUCGUUAUUGUAUGGAAAGAGCGGCUACCCACGCAGCCCACAUCUUCACGACCGUCUCCGAGGUCACUGCUAUGGAGGCACAACACCUGCUGAACCGUAAAGCCGACGUAAUCACGCCAAACGGGCUAAACGUCAAACGUUUCAGCGCUAUGCACGAAUUUCAAAACAUGCACGCUGUGGCUAAAGAAAAAAUUCACGAUUUUGUCCGAGGACACUUUUAUGGCCAUUACGAUUUUGACCUGGACAAGACGAUCUAUUGUUUUAUUGCUGGCCGAUACGAAUUUUCUAAUAAAGGAGCUGAUCUCUUUAUUGAGUCGUUGGCUCGCCUAAACUACAAACUAAAACAGGCUCGAAGCGAUGUCACUGUUAUAGCUUUUCUGAUCUUCCCAGCAAAGACAAACAAUUUCAACGUUGAAUCUCUGCGCGGUCAGGCUGUGGCCAAACAACUUCGUGAGGCUGUCGACGAAGUUCAAAAACGUAUUGGAAAACGGCUCUUCGAAACUGCACUUAGCGGUCGUAUUCCAUCAAAUGAGGAUUUACUGCACAGUGAAGACAUCGUCAAAUUGAAACGCGGGAUUUACGCAACGCAGCGCAACGACUUGCCACCCGUGUGCACCCAUAACGUCAUUAACGACGACAACGACCCGGUCCUUAACGCCAUCCGUCGCUGCCAGCUAUUCAACAACCGCGAAGAUCGCGUCAAGGUCAUAUUUCAUCCAGAGUUUUUAUCAUCAACGAAUCCACUAUUUAGCAUGGAUUAUGAAGAGUUUGUGCGGGGUUGUCACCUUGGCGUGUUCCCAUCAUACUACGAGCCAUGGGGUUACACACCCGCAGAAUGCACCCUAAUGGGAAUUCCUAGCAUUACGACGAAUCUGUCCGGAUUCGGCUGCUUUAUUCAGGAGCACGUGUCGGAUCCCAUGUCAUACGGUAUCUAUAUCGUCGAGAGGCGUGUUAUGAGCCCCGAAGAAAGUGUCUGUCAGCUGGCACAGUUCUUGUUAGAUUUUUCACAAUUGACCCGACGCCAGCGAAUCAUUCAGAGAAACCGAACGGAAAGACUAAGUGAUUUGCUCGACUGGAAAAAUCUCGGAGUUUACUAUAGAAAAGCGCGACAAGAAGCGAUUCACAAAACGCAUCCCGAGUUCGCAGAUCACGCAUCAUCCUGUAAACUUCAGCUGAAAUAUCCGCGACCGAUGUCAGAGCCGCCAUCGCCAUCGCAGUCAAGAACAUCGACUCCUGCGCCGUCAGAACCCGGAAGUGAGGAUCACUCUAGUGAUGAAGAAAGAGAGUAACUUCUACUAUAUAAUAAGUCCGAGUCGAUCCUGUGAGUCGACAAAAAAGGAAUAGUAUAUUACCGAAGGGUGCAUGUCACUUUGACUUUCGAAAAAACGAGUUUUGCGCCAAAUACGAACAUCAAAUGUAAAAUCACCACACCUACCUACACGGUCACACAAUCACACGUGCCAUUAAUGUUAGGUCGUAGAUAGCUGAAAUUGUAGCGCUAAAAGUGUAGCUUGAUGUGGUGUUUUGUUCCGUUAUAGUUUAUGGAUGGCUAAUCAAUUACUCGACACACGAGCACGCAAGAUUUUCAUAUGAAAUCUCAGUAUGUUUAAGAAUGUUAUAUAACAGUAUGUUGAUUUUUACAUACUAAUUAUGUAAAAAGCAACGAGCAAAUGUUUCGACAUCGAAAAACCAUGUCUUGAAGGCUUUGCAAAUAAAUAAAUUUUUAUUUAUUUAGAAGACUUUUUUUUUAAAUAAUAAAUUAUCAUUGUAUGGUAUACUACUAAAUAUUGACGCUCUAUUGAUGGCCACUACGACUCAAAUGCGGUCGACAAGUUCAUGGUUUCUGUGGAAAAAACGACACGAGUGUUAUUGCCGCUAAGGGUGAUGAUCGAUUACAAAAGAAACUGGCAAUCGCAGCGAGUCGCUAACCUGUGAGAGCUUUUUUGAACGUAUGUAUGGUAUAAACUGGUUCACUAUGAAGUACAAGUGUUCUGAGGAAGUCGGCUCGAGUGUACGUAUGCUCCUAAAUAUUUGCUAAUUGUCUGAUUUGUAGAUCGAAGCGUUGAUGAAUGCCCUAAACAUGCUCCCAUGCUAAACAUGGAAGCAUGUUUAGGGCAAGUAAUAGUACGUGAAAUAGUAAGAAACGGUUGACAGCGAAUUGUACAAGGAUUGCUCUAAACGAUGAGACGCAUUGUGGUUCUCCAAAUGUAUUUCGCGCAUAUACGAACGUGAGCAUAAUGACAAUGAUAAAAUAAACAUUACGCUAGGUUUUUGUAAAACUGCA